AUGGCCACGGUCACAUCCCUUGGGUCGCACUCCCCCAUAGGACUACGACAUGCGAUUAGAGAAGGAAUUCUUCCACCAAACCCUUCGCCCUCCUCAUACACUUGGGAGAUUGUCAUCAGCAAAGAAGAUGGCCGGGAAUACGAAGACGAGCUCCUUACGACGGGGGACUGCGUGAUCUGGUCUCGAGGCGGAAUCUUCCGAAAAUGCUAUCGGUUCAAUAUCGAGAAGGAACCCGUUACACAGGCUCUUCUGGCCUACUUCCCUGCCUCUGCCGACCACCCGGGCGCAGCCGCGGACAAAACAUCCCCCAGGACUACCGGUUUGUCCCGGGCCCUCGUCGUUUUCCUUCGGUCACAGGCGCAUGUCUACUUUCUCUCUGGUACCAGCCAUGUCGUCCAUAUGCCCUUCGAAGUCGAGUCAGCCUGCACUGGGCCCCGAGGUGUAAUAAUACAGCGGAAACUGCGUGUUGGUGGUACUCCAGUGUCGCUCAGGCUGCCAAAGGUUACCCCUGCCUCAUUCGUCUCUUCCCAGCCGCUCGGCCCUCGCCAUGCUCCCGACCGAACCUUUACCGAGUUCUCAACUGAGGCACUGGGUAACCUGAAGGUUCUACCGUUACGGCAGAGCUUUACGCUGGAAAAUAUGUGGCAUCAGCCGAUGGAGACUAACGAGAGCCAUUGGCCCCGAUUGGUGUGUUUGACAGAUCCGCUGCUGGAGAUUGGGCUCGUGGUCACGCAUCCAGAGUUAAACACGGCGAGUAAAAGCCGGAAGGCUGUCCCGUCUCCAGUGUUCCUCAACCGUUCGGAGGAGAUACUUCAUAUUCAGUCUAUCCAAGUCCCACGUGCCCCCUUAGGAGAAGCGACGGAACUCAUUCUUGCCGUCACGGGCAACCGGGAAACCAACAUGUACACAAUAUGGAGGCUCACCUACCCGGAGCAUGAGGAUCCCUUUCUUGGCCCGUUGAAGAAGGCCCCCAACCUGUCCCGAAGGCGGAGUUCCAUGGCACCUGGACUAGCGAGCGGUGCGGCCACUCCGGUCCACCAAUCAACAAGAGAGAGCUUUGGCGCAGCACUCCCCAUGAAGAAGACGAGGAAGAGCGUUAAGAUCGAAGACAAGGAAAAGGCACUAGAGCACGCCCUAAACUCGCUUGUAGAUGCGGAAAAGGGCAACGACGUAACGCGCCGACAGUCCCGUCGGGUCAGCUCCCUCCUAGCCCGUGCCGACUUGUCCGCCUCACAGGACCGAACCACGUUCACUGAGACACCCAUACACGCUCCUCAUGCGAGCAAGAGGCUCGAUUCACAGGGCAGCCAGCGGGUCCGACUAAGCAGUGGCUAUGGAGGUCCAAGCUUUGGCGGGACCUUUAACUACAACCGUAUCAACCACCUUCCCGAUCCCCCGGUGGAUAACUUGCUCGAGGAGCUACGUGCUGGUGGUGACUUCGAAGGUUUCCACAACAUGGGCCUGGACGACCAUGGCUUUGACGGCCUGGUACGCGAAAUGUUCCUCACCAAAAUCCAGAGCGUGAGCAUGGACAACGCAAACGUGCGAUACUCCUUGUCCGGCCAACCCGCUCGGGCUCAGGCCAAGGUCUUCAUCCUUGUUGGACCCCCCACCGCUACCGACGACCAAGGUCGGCCACUAUUGCUGGUUGCCAUCCAAGAUCCGGUCGACCAGCGGCUGCAGCUCCUAACUCUCCAUCUUCAGCACCUUGAAUCUCAGCCUCCGAAAAAAGGCAGGACGAAACAGCCUGCAGUAAUUGGUGAUCUCAUGAUCGUGGCUUCUGAGCCCAGAAGAGUCCAGAGCGUGGUUGACUCGUGCAAAAUUUCCGACGGGCACGAUUCCAUUAUGAUCCUUUCAGAAGACAGGACCGGUGGCCGAGAGAUCAGCAUACAGUCACCGUGGGGGAAGAUCGCUACCGUCACGCUCCCACCUUUGCUAGUCAACGACAUCAACAGCCUUGACUUUCCUGGGAGCCUUGUUGCCGAAAUAGACCAAACACAUCGUCCCCCAAACCUCAGUCUAGCCGGAACACAGGUUGACGCCAUCUGCUACCCUAACUCUCGAGGUAUUGUCAGCCUAAAAGACAAGCAAGGCAAAUAUCACCGCAUCAAAGUCCAGCUCCAGCCCUCCUCUCCGCAGGUGCAGAAAGUGCUAGAUGUGUGCCGAAGCAUCUUCCACCCCUCGUAUGCUGACAAAAUUGUGGCUGGCUGGUUGCACGUUAUGCAGUGGCUUCAAGGUCCGGAACAUCAGACAGUUGGGGAUGGCCUGGUUGACGUAGAGUGGUCUGCAGUUGUGAUCCUCCUUGUGUCAAGUUUCCUGGCUCUAGGACAUAAUAGCGAAACGUCGCUGCAAACAUCGGGAGAAGCGACAGAGCUACCAGGGUGGAACACAUGGGAGAAGAUGCAACUGCUCGAGACACCAAAUUCUUCGGCUUGCCCACAGUGGAUGCGCAACAAGGCCUGGGAGUGGAUGCUGGAUGGCCCGUCUAGCAUAAACUCAGCCCCAGGGCCGUCAAGAGACUUCAUUUCACUUCAUGUAGCCCUGGCUAAGAAGUGGAUGGCUUCCACGGGCGGCUUGGCAGCGUUUGGCUUUGAGGGGUAUCUUCCGACAGCCUUGAACAGAAUCGGAGAGCCCCGGAACAUGGCGGCUUGGAGCAUGUUACUCGCUCUUCAUCUUCUGUGCGAGGAGCAGAAACUUAGUAUUUUGACCCCUGAAUUUUCAUCGCCCGGACAGACCGAUUUGAAGGCGCUCCUUCACCAGCUAGCCAAACUGGUCGGUUGGCAUCGAUACGCAGCCAUCUACGCACUGGGUGAACAAGCUGAGCCAAUAUCUACAGCCGGACCAGUCCCAUUCUCUGUGGUCGACCUCAAUGAGCCUGUAUCUGACUACUGCGUCCUAAACUGGAUUCAGGGGCAUCUUGCAGCCAGUCGCGCUACCGAAUAUCCCACCCUGCCAGAUCUCUACGCCCAUGCCACCCACGAUCCUUCUGGCGCAAAGCUACGAGGGAAGCUGUGGACAAGCCUUACGCCCCGUACAUUGAUGUUCGAGAGGCUGUUUGCACGUCUUACGCCAACCACCAACCGAAUACAAGCCGUGGUUGCCAUGCAUGAGUGUGGUUUCACGCCCCAAAUCCUCGAGACCCUUCCAGAAGGGGUCACCACAGCUCUGCAGGACGUCAUUUCCAUCUGCCAAUCACGCCCUCCACUGUCUUGGACAUAUUCUUUGCUCACACUAGUCGGACGCACCGACGUCAGCGGAGUGCUACAGCCAACAAAGACAUGCCGUGCACUAGGUUCCAGUAUCGAUUCUACCACUCACGAGGCCAAACGGAAUUUCCGCAUGCUCUGCCAAAAUCCUGAGGGGCCCAACGAGCAUCACGAAGAUGCUGCCGCAGCUGAACGUCAAACUGUUGUGCGUUCGCUUUUCCGGGACGACAGAAGAUUAAACGAAGCCCAAGCAAUGCUGUCAACCAACAAACCCCGAGUUGUUCGUCUCGAUUCCCAACCCGAAUGGACCGAGGCAGAAUACCUAGAAAAGCAGAAGGAGCUCGCCACAACGAUUGCAACCAGCACCUUAGCCAUCUCAGCUGGCCGCGGACUCCUCCAUUUCUCCCUACGAUAUCCGCUGCUUACCCAAAAGUAUCAAAUCGCUGCGUUCAACCUGAACUGCGUCGUCAAACCCACCAACAAUACAGUCAGCGUUGACAAAGGCAUGUUUCCUGAAGAUAAAAUCAGCUGGGCUUUCUUCCACCAAGGCGUCUCCGGUGGGCUCGCGAUUUCACCUCAAGCCAAAGGGAUUGAUACAUCGUGGAUCUUGUACAACAAGCCCGGUCAAGAUCUCAGCAACCGGCACGCGGGGUUCCUACUCGCCCUUGGCUUAAAUGGCCACCUCAAGUCGGUGGCCAGAUGGGUUGCUUUCAAGUAUCUCACUCCAAAACACACCAUGACCACCAUCGGUCUUCUCCUCGGCCUGGCAGCAUCGUACAUUGGCACAAUGGACGCGCUUAUGACGCGCCUCCUUUCCGUCCACAUCACUCGAAUGCUGCCCCGCGGAGCAGCCGAUCUGAACCUAUCCACGACGACCCAAACCACUGGUGUCAUGGGUAUCGGCCUCGUUUACUGCAACAGCCAGCAUCGGCGUAUGAGCGAGAUCAUGCUUUCGGAAAUUGAGCACGUUGGCGGCGGGGACGACGACGAAGAGGAGGAGGUAACCAUCAGGGACGAAAGCUACCGUCUAGCGGCUGGAUUUGCCCUGGGCUUCAUCAACCUGGGGAAAGGCGGGGACUUGAAGGGACUGCGGGAUAUGCAUCUCACAGAGAAGCUCCUGACCAUGGCGACGGCAACGAAAAGAAUGGAGCUGGUGCAUAUCCUGGAUUGGUCCGCCGCCGGUGCCGUGAUGGCCAUCGCACUGAUCUACAUGAAGUCGGAGGACCAUAUUGUGGCACGUAAAAUUGACGUGCCCGAGACGUUGCUACAAUUCGACUAUGUCCGCCCAGACAUCUUACUGUUGCGUACCGUCGCGAAGAACCUCGUCCUUUGGAGCAAGGUUGACCCAACGUUUGACUGGAUCGAAAGGGGUCUUCCUUCCACAUACAAACCCCAGCACCGACUAACGGGCGUAACCACACUCCAUAGUCGGGAUCUUCCGUUCUUUUCUAUUCUCGCCGGCCUUUGCUUUGCAUUAGGCCUCCGAUUUGCCGGGUCUGCCAACGUCCGGGUCCGAGAUUUGCUCGUGCACUAUCUCGACGAGUUCAUGCGGAUUGGACAAAUUCCUGUUGCUAACUACGACAAUGAGCUGGCCAGGAACAAUGCGUGCAUGUGCGUGGAUGUCCUCGCCUUGUCCUGUGCCACUGUCAUGGCUGGAACGGGUGAUAUCACUGUCCUACGCCGGCUCCGCGCCCUCCAUGGACGAGACGACACCACCACUUCCUACGGAAGCCACCUCGCGGCCCAUCUCGCCAUCGGUGCACUCUUCCUAGGCUCGGGAACGGCCACCUUCGGCACCAGCAACCUGGCCAUCGCAUCCCUCCUCGUCGCCUUCUACCCACUGUUCCCAGCGACGGUCCAGGACAACCGCUCCCAUCUCCAAGCCUUCCGCCACUUCUGGGUUCUCGCCACAGAACCCCGCUGUCUUGUCACCAAGGACCUAGUCACGGACCAACCACUCAAUCUCCCGAUAUUCAUUCAUCUCCAACCCGGCUCUCCAUCUGCCGUCGCUACUGUCUCCCAAACCCUUGGGAACGACCCGAACGACUUGGACUCCAUCACACUCCGUCGUCAGACUCCGUGUCUACUACCUCCACUAGACGAUAUUGCACGCAUCGAAACGGACGCCAAAGCGCUAGGAUACUGGGACUUGACCAUCGCGUUUGCCGAGAACCCGAGUCUCAGAGCAGAUUUCACACGGAACCAGACCGUGUACCUCCGUCGGCGGCCUGCCGAUCUGGGGACGUAUCCUACCACCUUACGCUCACUAGUCAGCGGAGGGGUGGCUGGCCCCGCCCCAGACAGCGCUAUGAUGAUCUUCAACACCAGCAGUGUCGGCGUCGGCGGCAUGGGGUCCGUUCAACCCAAAACCCGCAGCACAACACCCCCAUUAGAUUGGAUCUUCAACCUCGACGCCUUCAAAGACCUCUCUCUUGCCGAGCGGGGCGUCGUGCUCGAUUUAUUCGGUUCCGCCGGCGGUGUGGGCGAAGGAGAAGGUGCCAGCACGUUAGUGGACGCACGGCUCGGCCUGAAAGCCAGCAUCGACGGCAUCGGUGGGUGGUCCAGGGAUCGUUUGCUCGGUCUAAGCUUGCUAUUUGAAUGGGCUGAGAGAAGAGGUGCCUAUGCGGAGGGAACGAAGGGGAAACUAGACGCACACGAUGCAACAACCCCAGCCGCUACUCCCGCUACCACUACGAAGGGGGGGAGGAAGGAGAAGGGCAAGGGGAAGAAAACUGUUUCGGGCAGGGGAGGGAAAAAGAAAGUGUUGGUGGGGGUUGAUACUGCUGCUUUGUCGGCGACGGUAAAUGAUGAGAUUGAGGCUGUGGAGGGUACGUGGUGGUUGGGGGAUAGUGUUAUUGAGGAGUUGAAGGGGAGGACUUGGCUUGCUGGCAGAGAGUAA